AUGGAGUUGCAGAAGCCAACACAUGUCGUUUUGCUUUCUAGCCCAGGUCUCGGUCAUCUCUUCCCUGUGAUCGAGCUUGGUAACCGCUUCGUCCUUCACCACAACUUCAAAGUCACAAUUAUCACCGUCACCUCCAAUGCACAAACCCACAUUCUCACACCCGAACUCUGCGAAAUCAUCGAAAUCCCAUCACCAAACAUAUGUGGCCUUGUGGAAAACGACGCUGCCGUUUGCACUCGCUUGUGCGUUAUGAUGCGCGAGGCCAAACCCGCCAUCAAAUCCGCACUUUCCAACAUGACACUGCGUCCUUCAGCACUCAUCGUAGACAUUUUCUGCACAGAGGCUUUGUCCAUAGCUGAAGAAUUCAGUAUCCGCAAGUAUGUUUAUAUCGCUUCACACGCUUGGUUCGUGUCGUUGCUUAUAUACUCCCCCGUUUUGGAUAAGGAACUUAAAGGACAAUACGUGGACCAAUCAGAGCCAUUAAAAAUCCCAGGGUGCAAACCGGUUCGUCCUGAGGAUGUCAUUGACCCCAUGCUAGACCGAAACGACUUGCAGUAUGAAGAGUUACUACGAAUAGCGAAUGAGGUUCCUAAAAGUGACGGAGUAUUGGUUAACACAUGGGAGGAGUUUCAACGCAAAGAGCUUGAAGCACUGAGGGAUGGGGAUUUAUUAGGUGGUAUCCUGAAGGUUCCGGUGUAUAGCAUCGGACCUAUAGUGAGGCAACACGUGUCAGAAACCGAUUCGCUAGUGGUUCAGUGGCUUGAUGAACAGCCGAGCGAGUCCGUUGUUUACGUGUCGUUUGGCAGCGGAGGAACGAUGUCGUAUGAGCAGAUGACGGAGCUGGCUUGGGGUUUGGAGUUGAGUGGACAGAGGUUUAUUUGGGUGGUGCGCACGCCUAUCGAAGGAGCUGCGGACGCUGCGUUUUUCACCGCGGGAAAUAACGUCGAGAACGAGAACAAUCAGUUAGCAAAGUACCUCCCGGAAGGGUUCAUAUCGAGGACCCACAAAUUGGGCCUAUUGGUCCCACAGUGGGCCCCACAAGUAACUAUAUUGAGGCAUUCCUCUAUUGGGGGAUUUUUUUCGCACUGUGGGUGGGGUUCGACGCUUGAGAGCAUCACCAACGGAGUUCCGAUGAUUGCUUGGCCGCUUUACGCCGAGCAGAGGUUGAAUGCGACGUUGCUGGCGGAGGAGGUGGGUGUGGCAGUGCGGUCGAAGUUGUUGACGACGACGACGAAGGUGGUAGGUAGGGAGGAAAUAGCAAGAAUGGUGAGGCAGAUUAUUCAGGUGGAUGAAAACGUGAAGAGCAACCCCAUAAGGGAGAAAGCGAAAGAGAUUAAACGCAGUGCAAUGAUAGCUUUGUCCAAGGGUGGUUCGUCCUACACUGCAUUUUCUCAAGUGGCAAAAAUAAUUGAAGGCUGAAGUAAUCUCCGAAGCUCAUGAAUAAAUGACUCAAACUCGGGAGACUGG